AUGAGGCAUGUGCAACACCUAAUCCAAUGGGCCUCACGCAGUGGCCAUUAUAAAAAUAAUUUAAAUUAAAAUCAAUCAACCUUCUUCGUCUUCAACCUCCUUCUCCCUCCCCCGCCUGUCUCACACGGAACAGUAAUGACGAACUACGGUGCGAUUCCGACGUCUUCUCACCCGAUUCCGACGUCGGCGAAUCUCGAGUACAUCUCACGCGCCAAGCAGCGUAUAAAAUCCGGCCUCGCCACUCGCCGUCCGUGGAAGCUGAUGUUCGACCUUCACUCCUUCGGCCUCCCCCGCGGCGGAUUCUCCGCCGCUAUAUCCAGGAUCAAGACGAAUCUCGCCUUCUUCCGCAUGAACUACGCCAUCGUCGCCCUCUUCAUCCUCUUCCUCAGCCUCCUGUAUCACCCGACCUCGCUCAUCGUCUUCAUCGCGUUGAUGGCGAUUUGGAUGUUCCUCUACUUCCUCCGCGACGAGCCUCUCGUGGUGAUCGGCCGUCAGAUAGACGAUCGGACGAUCCUGAUCUGUCUAUCGGUGUUGACGGUGGCUCUGCUCCUGUUGACCAAAGCGACGGCGAACAUCGUCGGGGCUCUGGUGAUCGGCGCCGUUGUAGUUCUGAUCCACGCGGCGGUUAGGAAGACGGAGGAUCUGUUCCUGGACGAGGAGGCGGCGACGGCGGGUGAAACCUCAGGGCUGACGUCAUAUCCGUCGUCAUAAAUGGGUUUGUUGAUUAUUUUCCGUAAAUUAUUUGGGUUAUUGUAAUUUGGAUUUGGUGUGGUUUUGCCGUUUUGGUUGGAACACUCUCGGUUUGAUUAUUUGCGUUUUGUUUCAUUUAUUUGCAUAGAAAAUCA